AUGGAGGGGACCGACAUCGGCAUUUUGGUAGGAACGAUUCUUGCUCUGCUCUUCCUCAUUCUCGGAGUGGCCAUUGAAAGAUGGACGUGCGGUGGUGUGUUAGGCAACUGCGUCAACUUCCACAACAGCUACUACCUGGCCAUCGGCGUACUCCUCGUCCUCGCCAUCAUUCUGAUUGCCUUUGCACUCCUUUUUCUCAUCCUUGAUCUGACAGUUGGCGAUUACUGGAUGGGAAUUGCUGCAGUCGUAUUUGGCUUCAUUGGAGCUGUACUAGCUUUAAUUGCUAUGCUUAUCUACUACAUUGCAGUGAAUCCGUGGAUUUCGCCUAUUCUGGCGACUAUCGGCAUGGCUUUUGCUGUCGCUGUAGCCAUACUUAUGGUGAUGCAGAGAGUAUGA